AUGAAUUCAGUUUGCAAAGAUCAUUAGUAGUAAAUUGAAUCCAUUAAUGAAUAAGGAAAGCCUAUGUGUAGAAUAUGCCAUCAAUAAGUCAAUGAAAUAGUGCAGGAAUAUUAAGGCAAAAAAAAAUCUCUCCUUUAAAAAAAUGAGGUUGAUACAUUAGAAAAAUUGAGGUAAGCAAAGAAAAAAAUGUUGGAAGUCUAAGAGAAUCUACAAAUUAGUAUGAAUUCCCAUAUUGAAACUGUUACAAAAAAAAGAGAAUAACUAUUAUCUUAUUUUGCUGAAUAACAAAGAAAAGUUGAGGAUUAUUAAGAUCAAGAAUAAAAUUUCGUUAAGUUCAAAUAGAAUGGUAAUUCGUUUACAAAAGAUGAUACUACAUUACACUAAAUUUAGGAAGAAAAAAAAAAUAUUUUAGAAUUAGAAAAAGCAUUUCAAGCAAUGCUUUAAAAAGCUAUAAAUGAUUACUAGUUUAGUACAGGAUUAUAACAAUAAAAUUUACAACAAAAUCAACAAUAAAAUUAACAAUAAAUACAAUUGUAGGAAGUAAGGCAAAAAAUUUAAUAUCAAAUAUUUGCAUCAAUAAUGGAUAAAUCUAAUGUUGACUUUAUUACGAUUAAUAAAGAUAAUAACAUUAUAGCCUAUUCAGAAAGUUUUGAAAUCCAUUUCUUAAAAAUUUAAGAUCACACUCUGCAGAAGAUGAAGUAGAAUAUUGAGGAUGAUGAUAUGGAAUUAAUGACUUGUGUGAAAUUUGCUAAAACAAGUGAUGAUAUAUAUUAUGGUACUGAUAAUGGGAAGGAUGGAAAAAACAAGAAAUAAAUUAAAACGCACAAUGGUAAGGGCAUCGUUGAUUUGACGCUUAGUGAUGAUGAUUCUAAAUUAUUCUGUGCAGGAGAUGACAAAACUAUUGAAAUUUACUUAAAAAAAUAGAAUUAUGAUUUGGAAAAAGUGUCAACUAUAGAAAACAAAGAAUUCGGUUAGAUGAGUUCAAUAGCAUUCAAUCCAAUAUCCAGUGAAUUAAUCUCUAGUUCUUUUUCAAAAGUAUAGAUAUGGAAUAUUUCCGAUGAUAACUAGGGUCAAUCUAAAUAAAUAAUUGAAGGAUUAGAACCAGAUAAAAAUAAUAAAGUUUAUUUCAUCGAUCAUGAAAUUUUCUUUGUGACUUCUUCAAACUAAAUAUACUUCUUUAAAAAAAAUGAGGAACAAGCUUACGUUAAAGUAGAAGCUAGCACCUUCCUUGAAAAUCAGAUAUAUCAAUUACCAAUUUGUUAUGAUACAGAUAUUAAAAUAUUGCUUAUUUAAAAGAAGGAAAGUAAAGAAAUUGAUGUUAUGAGAUUCAAUUAAAAUGAAAAGAAGUUUGUUCAUCAAAUGUCUAUUGCAGGGGAAUAUAAUAAAUUAGGAAUCGGCUAAAAUGGAGAAUAUAUCUUAUUAUAUAAUAAGGCUGAUGUUAAUCUAUUAACAGUUAUGAAAUUAGAAUGA